AUGGACCCUGUAAGGCUCCGAAGAACAUUCAAGUAUCCCUCUGAUGAUGAAGGAGCGGACCUCUCGCACGACGAGAUGGAUGAAGAAGAACAAGAGAGACUCCUCAACACACUCCGUGCUUCCGAAUCAUCAACCAACACGCAGUACACGCUCAUCUUCACGGCGCUGCCCCUGAUCGUCAUGCUGCCAUUUUUGUACUAUCUCUUCCAUUCGACAUUCACCACAAUGGCCUUACUGUGUCUGCUGGGCAUCACGUCGCUAGCUUCAAGUGCGUAUAUGAUGUAUUACAUCCCGAUCUCCAAUUCUUCUUCGUCUUCGUCGUCAUCUUCAUCUCUUGCAGCAAGAUCGUGGCUGGAUAGCCGUUGGGGCCUUCAACGCGGGCAACUACCGGCGCUCAUGACCUCGGAAGACAGCCCCAUCAACAAGAACCUGCCGCUUCUCAACCUGUUCAUUUGUGUAUUGUUACUCGGGGCCUCUUUCGUGUACCGCUCGAGGACCGAUGUGCCGGAAGGCCUGUGGUUGUUCAUGUCCUUGCCCGGGGUCAUUUUCGGGAUGGUUUUUAUGGCACGGAGGAGUAUGGGCGAGAUCCAGGCGGGUUUGAACGAACUGCAGGGAUUGAGGUACGAAUACAGAGGAGCCUGA